UGCUUUCAGCCAUUUGGAGGUGGCAGCGCUGGUGUCAACACGACCCUCACCGCCCCGGCCAGCUGGGGGGCUCACGUUGUGUUGUAAAUCACAACAAAGAAUACAUAAACAUGGCGUCUGCAUAUUUCAGUCACCUAUUGCGUAAUUAUGCAAAACCAUUUCUUAAUUCGUAUAUCGCGCAAGUUAGAAUUACUUCUGGAUUACAGGUUAAAUGUUGGAAUAGUACUACAUCUGCAACUUUAGACAGCCCUCUAUCCAGUGCUACAGCAUCAGAAAUUGUGAAAUCUGAGAGUGGUAACCAGCUUGUUAAACUUAAUAAGGCUAUGAAGGCAUAUCAAGAGAAAGCACAGGCACAUGAUGCAUUUAUGUUCAACCAAAUUGGAGAGUAUGAAAUUGGUCGUCGCCACCUUGCUAACAUGAUGGGGGAAGAUCCUGAAACAUUCACUGAUGAGGAUGUUGAUAAAGCUAUUCAAUACCUGUUGCCAUCUGGAUUAUUUGAACCACAUGCUCGUCCAAUGAUGAAGCAUCCCACUGAGGUUUUUGCAAAGAAAAAGCUUGCAGAAUUUGAUGAAAAUGGGCGUCCAUUCCAUCCCCUCUUUUACACAGCAUAUCCUGAAUAUUACCAAGUUUUGCAUGACGUAAGUGAGAAAGUACAAGAGUUGGAGCGCUUCUCUGACCGAAUGAUGCAAGUCAACAUACAUCAAGAUCAGGAGAGAGCACUAGACUUUAAGGGUUCAGAAUGGGUUACAAAAGAGCACCUUGAAGGUAUCCUGGUGGAAAAUUUGAAAGAUGAACAAUAUGAAUUCUUCAUCAGAUCGAUGAAUCGUCUUGUGGAUCAUCCAUACUCUUACAGAGCUAAGGAUUUCAUCAUGAAGUACAGAAAGGAUGUACCAUCAACAAUUAAACAUAAAGAUAUACCAAAGCUAAUGUUUACUUCAGAAGGAACACCUUACAUGGUAGCCAGAGGUAAAAGGAAGUGGGGUGUUGCAAAUGUGACUGUUUAUGGAAGAGGCUCUGGAAAGAUAUCUAUCAAUGGUGAAGAUAUUCUCUAUUUUAAAAAUAUUCAGGAUCGAGAGCAGAUUAUAUUCCCACUACAGUUUACUGGAUUGAUAGGGAAAGUUGAUGUUGUAGCUGAUGUUGAGGGAGGUGGAACAACUGGACAGUCAGGGGCUAUACGUUAUGCUAUAUCAUUGGCCCUGCGAUCUUUUGUUGAUGAAGAUAUGGUGGAGAAAAUGAGACUAGCUGGACUCAUCACUUUUGACCCUAGAAGACGUGAGAGGAAGAAGCCUGGAUGGAAAGGAGCCAGGGCAAAGUAUACCUGGAAAAAGCGUUAAAAAUCAUAGUGCAAUACUCUUAAACUGUGCAGGUCUUGAUUUAAAAUUCUUAUAAGUUGUACAGUACUGAAUGUGGUUUAAUAAAUAUAAACUCACAA